AUGGGCACGGGAGGUGCAGCGCUGGUCGCCGCCGCCCUCGCCGUGGUGGUGGUCACGAGGCUGUGGACGGUGCUGUUCCACCUGGUGUGGCGCCCGUACGCCGUCGCGAGGGCGUUCGCGCGGCAGGGCAUCCGCGGGCCGCCGUACCGUGUCUUCGUGGGCAACAGCAAGGAGGUUCAGGCGAUGCGGGCGGCGACGAGCGGCGACACGCUGGACAUCACCUCCCACGACUACAUCCCGCGCGUGAUGCCGCAGUACCGCGCGUGGAUGUCGCUCUACGGUAAGGUGUUCCUGACGUGGUCCAGCUCGACUCCGGCGCUGUUCGUGGGCAGCUACGACAUGGUGAAGCGGGUCCUCUCCGACAAGUCGGGGCUGUACGGCAAGCCGGACCCGGGCCCCACCAUACUGUCCCUGAUGGGCAUGGGCCUCGCCUUCACCAACGGCGACGACUGGUCGCGCCACCGCCGCGUCGUGCACCCGGCGUUCGCCAUGGACAAGCUUAAGUCGAUGACGGGGGCGAUGGCGGCGUGCGCGGCGGACGUGAUCCGGGCGUGGGAGGCGCGCGCCGCCGCAAGCGGGGACGGGGAGGGGGUCACGGUGGAGGUGGGGCAUCAGUUCACGGAGCUCACCGCCGACGUGAUCUCGCACACGGCGUUCGGCAGCAGCUACCGGCAGGGGAAGGAGGUGUUCCUGGCGCAGCGGGAGCUCCAGUUCAUCGCCUUCGCCUCCAUCAACAGCGUGCACGUGCCGGGCAUGCAGUACGUGCCCACCAAGGCCAACGUGCGCCGCUGGCAGCUCGAGCGCACGGUGCGGGGCACGCUCAUGGCCAUCAUCGGCGAGCGCCUCGCCGUUGCAAAGGAGGCGAGGGGUUACGGCAGCGACCUGCUCGGCCUCAUGUUGGAGGCCAACGCCGCCGGCGACGACGGCGGCAAGAGGCAGCAGGCCAUGACCAUGGACGAGAUCAUCGACGAGUGCAAAACCUUCUUCUUCGCCGGCCACGACACGACCUCGCACCUCCUCACCUGGUCCAUGUUCCUCCUCGGCACGCACCCCGAGUGGCAGCAGCGGCUCAGGGAGGAGGUGAUCUGGGAGUGCGGCGGCGCCGAGGUGCCCCUCCGCGGCGACGCCCUCAACAAGCUCAAGCUCGUGACGAUGGUGCUGUACGAGACACUCCGGCUGUACGGCGCGGUGCCGAUGAUCUCGAGGCAGGCGAUGGCGGACGCGGACCUCUGCGGCAUGAAGGUGCCCAAGGGCACCCACCUGCUGAUCCCGAUCGCGAUGCUUCACCGCAACGAGGAGGUGUGGGGCGCAGACGCCGGCUUGUUCAACCCGCUCCGGUUCCGGGACGGCAUUGGCAGGGCGGCAGCGCACCCGAACGCGCUGCUGUCCUUCUCCUUGGGACCGCGGUCGUGCAUCGGGCAGGACUUCGCGUUGCUGGAGGCCAAGGCCACGCUGGCGCUCAUCCUGCGGCGGUUCGCGUUCAAGGUGGCGCCGGAGUACGUGCACGCGCCGGUCGACUUCCUCACGCUGCAGCCGUCGAAAGGGCUCCCGGUCGUGCUCAAGCUCUUGGAUGUGUAG